UAGGAUACCACAAAGACUGAAUUUGAAGUCCUUGACCACGGGAGGUAUGCAAAUGCUGGAUAGUGGAUACACUUUGGGUCCGGUUACCGUGCUGAUAGGUUCACAAAAAGCAGGAUGAGAGAAGUGGAUAGACCACACCCCACUGAGAGACGAGGGAAGUAAACAACUGCACUGCUGCUGCUCCAACAGCCAGACACUUCACCCAAUGAUCUCAACAACAUCCAGCACCGUGGAGAUGGUUACUCAAGGCAAACUUCAGAUCAGCGAAGAAAACGUUGAAGAUAAAAAUGCAGCGAAGUUGGGAUGUUUUGGUUGGCUGUUGGUAAUCAUAUCCCUCCUUUUUAUAGCAGUAACAUUCCCAGUGACAUUGUUUAUGUGUGUCAAGAUAGUGAAGGAGUAUGAGCGAGCAGUCAUUUUCAGACUUGGGCGACUCUCAGAUCGGAAACCUAAGGGACCAGGCCUCUUUUUUGUUUUGCCCUGCACUGAUAACUUUGUGAAAGUAGAUCUAAGAACUGUAUCAUUUGACAUUCCUCCCCAAGAGAUCUUAACCAAAGACUCAGUCACGGUGUCCGUGGACGGAGUUGUGUACUUUCGCAUACACUGUCCCAUCUCGUCUGUGGCCAAUGUGUCCAACGCACACUCAUCCACACGACUGCUUGCACAAACCACACUGAGGAAUGUCCUUGGCACCAAAAACCUAUCAGAGCUUCUGUCUGACAGAGAAGGAAUUUCACUCAGUAUGCAGGAAGCCCUGGACGACGCCACUGACUCGUGGGGCAUCAAGGUGGAGCGUGUGGAGAUUAAGGAUGUUAAGCUGCCUCAACAGUUGCAGAGAGCCAUGGCUGCAGAGGCAGAGGCCAGCCGGGAGGCCAGGGCUAAAAUCAUUGCUGCAGAAGGUGAAAUGAAGGCUUCCAGGGCUCUGAAGGAAGCAUCUCUAGUCCUAGCUGACUCCCCCUCUGCUCUCCAGCUGCGAUACCUGCAGACUCUCAAUACCAUUGCUGCGGAGAAAAACUCCACCAUCAUCUUCCCUCUGCCCAUAGACAUGAUGCAGAGUUUAAUGCAGAGAAAGGUAUGAAGCCUGCUGCUUGCAAUUUCUCCACAGCUGUCUUCUGCGCCGUUAUUUAUCCCCAAAGUACUAGGUAUUGUAUGUUUUACUCAAAUACAAACCAGACGCUGUUUAUGUGUAUGUAUGCUUAGUGUGAUUUAAUAUUUAAAUACAAAGUGCAACAUACACAGCCAUAACCGCUCAUCAUUAACCACAGCUAAGUUACUGUUCUAGAGGAUGAAGUAUGCAAGAAACACAAAGAAAAAACAAAACAAUUUACAGCAAACUUAUAAAGACAUGCUUUUAUGCAGACUUCUCCAGAGAAUACUGAAUACAAUCAUUUCAACUGAACAAUCCACAGAAGUUAACGACAUCCACGUGAUGCAACAGCCUCUCUCUGAUAUCGCAUGUAAACUGUAAAGAAAAAGCUGUUAUUCUCGUGUUCAUUCAGUAAAUGUGUACAAGGUAGUGUCCACAGGACACAGAGGCAAUCAGUGCAAUCGGAGUACCUGAUGUAGAGAAAGGCAACUUCCACUCUCGGAAUACAGCAAAUCCUCUCCCCAAUAAACGUAUUUAUCCUAUCUAUCAUUAGACGCAGCUACAACCAAAGACCUGUUUCAACAGGUGUACACACAUUAUGCUAGAUGAAAUAUAUAUAUAUAUAUUUAAAUAAAAUAUUGUGAUGCGUGAGUAGUGUUUUUUAUAAAAUGCUCUAAACAUUUAGUAAUAAUUCUACCUGCUGCUAACAUCUAAUUGCCUGUAUAAGAAAAAGUUUCGCAAGACAGACUUCUGAUGGCUGGUAUGUAAACACUAACGGUUCAAAAUAAAAGAAA